AUGUCCGGACUCGAGGCCGUUGGCAUCGCAGCGGGGAUCAUCCAGAUCGCAGACCUGGGCACAAAACUAUCCGUCAAGCUGUUCUCCUCCUACCGACGCAUGAAAAACGCCUCGCAAUCUAUUCAGAACCUGUCCAGCGAUGUUGCUCUGACAUGUGCCAUUCUCCGUGAGCUAGGCGAGAGCUUGGCGUCUGAUGAGCAAUCCAAGCUUUGUUCGGAAGAGGCGUUUCGUACUGCACGCCACAUCCUCACUCAGUGCGAGGAGGUGCUUCGACAGAUUCAGGAUAUGAUUAGACAUACGGAUCUGCCGAAAAAGUCUCGUUUGCAGCAGGCAGCGGACUCUUUUCGCAAUGUGUUGAUCGAGACUGAUUUGGAUCUCUUGAAGCAAAAUCUGGAGAGGCUCAAGUCGGCUAUGCUGCUCUUGCUGAAUGUUAUUAUGUAUGCUGGGCAAGUGCGCAAACUCUUGGAAGAAAAGCAAAAAGACGAGUCGCCGUCACCUCAACCAACCGAGUUUGGAACGAGGGCGCAGACUGAUAACAGCAGUCAGCUUUCGAAAACAUCCACAGGCUCUACGUUGAAUGAGACGCCACUCCCGCAAAAGCAGGAUUCGGAGGAGCUCGACGAGCUCGGGGAGUACAAUGUGCUGAUCCAGAAAAUGGUCCAUGAAGUCGAUUCUUGUAAAUCCAAGCUGGAAACCAGCCGCCAUAGCAGAAUCAAGAAAGGCGUGUUGGGCAUUCAUGAUACCGAGGUUGUCCGGUUUCAGCUCACGCAUGGGAACUCGGUUCUUGGGCGCUUUGAUGCUUCACUUUUUGAAGAACCGGUCUCCAACGCUCCUCCGCCUCCUUCUGGAAUUCAUUCUCAAAAGCCGCCGACAUGGAGCGAACCCGUGAGCAUUGGCUUUCCGGAGACCAAAAAGCCAACAGUAGAAGCGAUUGACGACAGUUCAUCCGAAGACAAUGAUAAUUAUCGUCGCUGGGCCAAAGCUGCAGCCGAUCAGAGGGCACGCGAAGCAGACGAGGCAUUCAUAAAGGCCGCCGAGGCAGAUGGUAAAGCUCCCUGGACACUCUCGAGUCACAGUCUCCCCUGA